CAAAAAAACUGUUGCUGCACAAAAGUUCACCAUCAGCACCAGCACCAACACCACUUUCUAGCCACCUCACGCCACCCCAGAAAGGACCCAAAGCUUGUACUUUUGAAUCGCAGGUAUAAUUCAGCCGACGAAGAUUGACCUCUCAAUUCAAAUCAUCAUGGCGGACAGUACUCUGGAGGUAUGUCCUUGACUCCCCGCCUUGACUUUUCCGCAGUGGAUCGCAUGUACUAAGAUCCCAUAGGAACGACUACGGGAACACGCAGAGUCCUUUGAUGGGUUAUUGUCGCUCAUUCCAGCAAAACAUUACUAUGGUGAAGACAAUAGUGUACGUUGAAUUCAGGUCCCAGUCCAGGUAACAUGUUAGCUUACGGACCCCGCGCAGGAUCAAUGGAAGAAGAAGAAACAGACCAAACAACAGGCUGCUGCUGCCAGACGAGCGAAACUAGAUCCCGACUCCGACAAGCUCAAGAGCGCAAAGGAUAUCAUGGACGAAGGACUGCGAAAAAGGAAGCUCGCUGAAGCAGAGCUUGAGGCUGACGACGAAUCUGAGAUGGAGGGCGUAGAGAAGGAACAACCAAAACAAGGCCUGAUGGUUGCCCAGGAGAAGAAACAAAAGAAGCAGAAGAUCUCCACCGAUCUAGAGAGCAAAGACGACAUAAGCUCAGCUGAGGCAAAAUUUGCUGCCGCCGCCGAAAAACAGGAAAAGCAGCGAUUGAAGCAAGAGCGCAAGAAGGAAAAGAAAGCAAAGAAGGCUGAAAAGGUGGAUCAGAAGAAAGAGAAGGCCAAGGUCUCGGAAUCCAAAAUUGCUGCAGAACCUGUACUGAACCAGGCAAAUGCUGAGGAAGCUGGUGAUGUGGAUGUGGAGGAGGCAGUGGAUGGUGAGAUAGUGGGGUUUGAGGCCGAAGGGUUAGAAGACAAAGCGGAAACAGAAAACGCAUCUACGUCGUCAAGUCCUGGCUCGCAAUCGCCGAUCUUUGACAGCAAUUCCAAACCACCAAGUACCACAAAUACGUCCACAUCUUCGACAAUACCUCCUGCCACCGCACCUAAGCACAUCAAACUCCCAACGGAUCCAGAACUACUAAGAGCAAGAUUGGCUGCCCGAAUAGAAGCCCUUCGAGCCGCAAGAAAAGCAGAUGGCCCCGAUGGAACACCAGCACGAAAUCGACAAGAACUUAUGGAAUCACGAAGGAAGAAAGAGGAGCAGAGACGAGCGCACAAAAAGGAACUUCGAAUGAAGGCCAAGAUGGAGGAGGACGAGCAACGAGAAGCUGCACUCGCAUCAGCUCGAGAAUCACCAGCGUCGAGUAUGAUGAGCCCUUCAGUGUAUUCGCCACCACAAAAUUUCUCCUUUGGACGUGUAGCAUUUGCGGACGGACAGCAACUUGGAGAUGAUUUGACCACUACUCACGCCCCCAAAAAGAAGGGUCCACAAGAUCCAGCCACCGCUCUACAGGCAACGGAAAAUAAGCGACUACGAUUAGCAGGUCUCGAUGAGAAGAAGCGUGCCGACAUUGAAGAGAAAGAUCUCUGGCUCAAGGCCAAAAAGCGAGCACACGGCGAAAAAGUCCGAGACGACACCUCCCUACUAAAGAAAACCCUCAAGCGAAAAGAGAAGAUGAAGAAGAAGAGCGAAAAGGAGUGGAACGAGCGCAAGGAAGGUGUAGCCAAGAGCCAAGCAAUGAAGCAAAAGAAGCGGGAAGAAAAUCUCCAGAAGCGCAAAGAUGGCAAGGGCACGAAAGGAGGAAAAGUAAAAAGCAAGGGUGGGAAACCCAAGGUCAGAAGUAGGCCUGGGUUUGAGGGUGGCGGUUUUGGGGGAAGUAAGAAGAAGUAGUUGAGAGAGCAAGAAAACGGGCAUAUCUUAGGCGUGAGGAGGGGUCAGCGUUGCAUUUUCUGUUAAUAGUUCUCGAAUGUACAUGUGUGGUUUGCUUGCCACAAUGUUUACGAGAAAGUGUAUGAAAUUUAAUCCAAAAUACGAG